ACUCGCUUCCUUCCGGUCCGUUAAGCGGAGGCCGGAAGUGUUGUUUGCAGCGUUUCUGGGAGUGGAAGGGAGUCAGUAGCGGCAGUCAGGACAGCGAGGGGUUCCCUGAAGCGCUCGGGUUCUCGCGGCUGAGCAGGGAUUUAACCGCCACCAUGUCGAGCAAAAGAGCAAAGACCAAGACCACCAAGAAGCGCCCCCAACGCGCAACCUCCAAUGUGUUUGCCAUGUUUGACCAGUCACAGAUUCAGGAGUUCAAGGAGGCCUUCAACAUGAUCGAUCAGAACAGAGAUGGUUUCAUCGACAAGGAAGACUUGCAUGAUAUGCUUGCCUCCCUGGGGAAAAAUCCAACUGAUGAGUAUCUGGACGCCAUGAUGAAUGAGGCUCCAGGUCCCAUAAAUUUUACCAUGUUUCUCACGAUGUUUGGUGAAAAGUUAAAUGGCACCGAUCCAGAAGAUGUCAUCAGAAACGCUUUUGCUUGCUUUGAUGAAGAAGCAACUGGCACCAUUCAGGAGGAUUACCUGCGAGAGCUGCUGACCACAAUGGGAGAUCGGUUUACAGAUGAGGAAGUGGACGAGCUGUACAGAGAAGCACCUAUUGACAAAAAGGGGAAUUUCAAUUACAUUGAGUUCACGCGCAUCCUUAAACAUGGAGCGAAAGACAAAGAUGACUGAAAAGAACUUCAAAUUCCAGCCAAACUUUCCUUGUUGCUACUUUGGGUAUUUCUGAGACUUUCUCUUAGAGCCUAUUGCAUGCCCUUAGCUUUACAGCUUUUGCCUUUCUUGUUGUAUUUAUUCUCAACCAUUUGGGGCACAUGCAUCUCUAUAAUUCAGACUGGAAAUGGGACUUUUUGUCAUUUUCAGAAUAGAAAAUAGGGUAGUUUAACUUACCCCUACCUUCCCCUCCCCCAAUAACUGCAGUCUACAAAGAGUCGAUAUAUUUUUUCAGAGAAAGUUAUUCACUCAAUUUUUUCUGAACCAUAAUUAAACUUUAUGAUAGAAACUUA